UCGGACUUCAAAGACUUGAUUGGGCAAGUGCUGAUGGAAGUCCUAAUGAUGUCCACCCACUCGAGAGAAGAAAACCCCUUUGCCAGCUUGACCGCCACGUCGCAGCCCAUUGCGGCUGCUGCCCGCUCGCCAGAUAGAAACUUAGUCCUGAAUACCGGCUCCAACCCGGGAACCAGCCCCGUGUUUUGCAACGUGGGCUCCUUUGGCUCCAGCUCCUUAUCAAGUGGCGGAGGCUCUGGGGGGGCCAGCAUUUCCGACUCGUGCAGCGACCAUUUCGCCAUUGAGACGUGCAAGGAGACGGAGAUGCUAAACUACCUCAUUGAGUGCUUCGACCGAGUGGGGAUUGAGGAAAGGAAAGCGCCAAAGAUGUGCAGCCAGCCGGUGGUGAGCCAGCUUCUGAGCAACAUCCGAUCCCAGUGCAUUUCUCACGCGGCUUUGGUGCUCCAAGGAUCUCUAACGCAGCUGAGGUCAAACCAACAGCAGUCGUUGUUAGUCCCGUAUAUGCUGUGUAGGAAUCUCCCCUUCGGUUUCAUACAGGAAUUGGUGAGGACGACUCACCAAGAUGAAGAAGUCUUCAAACAG